AUGCCGAACUUCACUGUGGACCAGAUGAGGACCAUCAUGGAUAAGACGGACAACAUCCGCUCCAUGAGUGUCAUCGCGCACGUAGAUCAUGGGAAGUCCACUUUGACCGACUCCUUGAUUUGCAAAGCGGGCAUCAUCUCGGCCAAAGCCGCGGGCGAUGCGCGAUUCACGGACACCAGGGCGGAUGAGCAAGAGCGAGGCGUGACCAUCAAGAGCACGGGCGUGUCCCUGUACUUCGAGCAUGAAGAUGAUGACAGCCAGGGACCUAAGCCCCACCUCAUCAACUUGAUCGACUCGCCGGGUCACGUGGACUUCUCCUCGGAGGUGACGGCAGCGUUGCGCAUCACCGACGGGGCCAUGGUGGUGGUGGACUGCAUCGAAGGCUGCGCCGUGCAGACCGAGACGGUGCUGCGACAGGCUCUGCAGGAGCGAGUGAGGCCAUGCCUCUUCGUGAACAAGGUGGACCGCUGCAUCCUGGAGCUCCAGAUGGAAGCUGAGGACAUGUACUCGCGCUUCCGACAAGCCAUCGAGAACGUGAACGUCAUCAUCGCCACCUACAACGAUGCUUUGAUGGGUGACGUGCAGGUGACGCCGGAGAAGGGCACCGUGGCCUUCGGCUCCGGGCUCCACGGGUGGGGCUUCACCACGGAGCGCUUCGCCAAGAUCUACGCCACCAAGAUGGGCGUGGAGAAGGAGAAGAUGAUGCAGCGCAUGUGGGGAGACUCCUUCUUCAAUGCCAAGAAGAAGGUGUGGACCAACGUGAUGCAGCCGGAGGGCUGCACUGAGCCCCUGCAGCGGGCUUUCUGCCAGUUCAUCAUGGGCCCCAUCAAUCAGCUGAUGCGCGCCAUCAUGAACGACGACAAGGAGAAGUACGAGAAGAUGAUGGGCACCUUGGGUAUCGUGCUGAAGGGCGACGAGAAGUCUUUGACUGGCAAGCCCCUGAUGAAGCGAACCAUGCAGAUCUGGAUCAAUGCCGCGGACACCCUGCUGGGCAUGAUCGUGACCAAGCUGCCCUCCCCCCGGCAGGCCCAGAAGUACCGCGUGGAGAACUUGUACGAGGGUCCCAUGGACGAUGCGGCGGCCAACGGCAUCCGCAGCUGCGAUCCUGCAGGGCCACUGAUGAUGUACGUCUCGAAGAUGGUGCCCACCUCCGACAAGGGCCGCUUCUACGCCUUCGGCCGGGUCUUCUCCGGCACCAUCGCCACGGGGCAGAAGGUGCGAAUCCAGGGGCCCUACUACAAGCCUGGGACCAAGGAGGACCUGCACGUAAAGAACAUCCAGCGGACCGUCUUGAUGAUGGGCCGCACCACCGAGCAGAUCCAGGAUGUGCCUUGCGGCAACACCGUGGCCCUGGUUGGCGUGGACCAGUACAUCCUGAAGUCCGGAACCAUCACCAACCUGGAGGACGCACACAACAUCGCGGACAUGAAGUACAGCGUGAGUCCGGUGGUGAAGGUGGCUGUGAAGGCCAAGGACGGCAAGGACCUGCCCAAGCUGGUGGAGGGCCUGAAGAAACUCUCCAAGUCGGACCCGCUGGUGGUCUGCACCACCGAGGAGAGCGGCGAGCACGUCAUCGCCGGCUGCGGGGAGCUCCACGUGGAGAUCUGCUUGAAGGAUUUGAGGGACGAGUACGCCCAGUGCGACUUCAUCGUCUCGGACCCCGUGGUGUCCUACCGCGAGACCGUGAGCGAGCAGAGCGGGCAGACCUGCCUGGCGAAGUCCCCCAACAAGCACAACCGCAUCUACCUGGUGGCGGAGCCCAUGGACGAGGAGCUGAACAAGGCCAUCGAGGAGGGAACCGUGGGGCCCAAGACGGACCCCAAGGAGCGCGCCAAGAUCCUGACCGAGAAGUUCGACUGGGAUAAGCAGGUGGCCCAGACCAAGAUCUGGUGCUACGGCCCUGAGACGGACGGCGCCAACCUGGUGGUGGACUCCACCGUGGGCGUGCAGUACCUCAUCGAGAUCAAGGAGCACGUGAACAGUGCGUUCCAGUGGGCAACCAAGGAGGGUCCGCUCUGCGAGGAGAACAUGCGAGGCAUCCGCUUCAAUCUGAUGGAUGUGACGUUGCACACGGACGCCAUCCACCGCGGCGCGGGUCAGAUCAUGCCCCCCACCCGGCGGUGCUGCUUCGCGGCCGAGCUCACGGCGAAGCCCACGCUGCAGGAGCCAGUCUUCUUGGUGGAGAUCACCUGCCCACAGGAAGCCAUGAGCGGGGUCUACAACUGCAUGAACCUCCGCCGCGGCUGCGUUUUCGAAGAGAACCCCAGAGAGGGCACGCCCUUGAUCCAGGUGAAGGCCCACCUCCCCGUCUCCGAGUCCUUCGGCUUUGUGGCGGCCUUGCGUCAGGCGACCAGCGGCCAGGCCUUCCCACAGUGCGUGUUUGACCACUGGGAGAACCUGCCCGGCAACCCCAUGGACAAGGGCAGCAAGAUGGAGGAGCUGAUUUUGCAAAUCCGCAAGCGCAAGAACUUGAAGGUCGAGAUGCCGGCCCUCACCGAUUACCUGGACAAGCUCUAA